CAAGUCUCAGGACGAGAGAGAGUUUGGCUGCAGAGGGUCACUGUGUCUCAGCAAGGCUGUCAUCACUGAUUCCAGUUUUGAAGAGCCACAGUCCCCAUCUGCUGUCAGUAGAGGAGCUAGAGGAAGGGGGAGAAGAAGAGGUAGGGGUAGGGCUGCAGAAAGAAUUAGAGGAAGACCGUGAGGGCUGCCCGACUGACAAGAGGCUGACCCAGAUAAAGUACAGGUUAAGUUAAGAGAGCUGUCCUUUGAGUAAAGGGGAGAGGUGCUGGAGCAGUUCGCUACCUGUUCACUUGGAGUGAUGUUUGGCAUAAUGGAUUUGCAGAUGGCUAUCCCAGGAUCUCCAGACAUCCCAGACCGAGGACAAUCUCGCUGGUGCACCUGCCUGAAUAUGACGGGAGAUGCCCGCUGACCUGGGGCCGGUUGCACCAGUUGGUUCAUUCAAGACAAUUUGGGUCAGUGCCUGCUGUGCCGAAGAUCCCUGCUGCAUCCAGUCUUUAUUGCGGUUCUCCUCCAGAUUGUCAUGCUGGCAGCAGCCGAAGGCCCAUUUGUGUUCACUGACCACGUGAUGCAAGACACACCUCCACAGAUUCUGAAAUUAAUUGAGAAUGCAUCAUUGGGAGCAUUACAACCUCAACUAUGUACAGCAAAUAUCUUAUGCAACUUGUGCCUAGCAUAAUGUUUCAGUUGAUAUUAACUAAGAAAAAGCUGGAUAUGUAUUCUAUGUCUGCUGAACAAGAUACUGUAUAACUUGAGGUGUUUCUUGGAUGCCAUCUGAUAUUAAUUGAUGUAAGUGUGAGUAAUGUAUUGCAUCAGAGACUGCUCAGAAUCAUAUAGCCUGCUGAGUAAAUGGCUAUCAUAUUAAUGCAAUGAAUUGUAGUUGUUUGCUAAGGUAAAUUAAGUAGUUACCGUGAACCUCACUCUGUCUGCAGUUUUACAGCAGAACCAGAAAUGGUUGACAAUGUCCUUGAUCCAGACCAGAAUGAUGGAUUGUCCCGAAAUCAUUUUGCCUGUGUUUGGUAGAACAGACAUUGCCAGGGAGAGAAAGUCCAUUACACAUGAGCAAGCUUCGACCCAGACACCACCUCAAACAAGCAGCAUUACUAAACAAAUGCCCCUUGAGUUUGAUGAGUGCAGGCUGGACAUCAGUGUUAACGACAGUGUGUGGUACCUGAGAGCCAUAGACCCAGAACACAGACACCAGUGGAUCAACUCCAUCGAACUACACAGGAGCCUAAGAGACGGGAGGAUAGACAGUGGAGUCAUCCAGAGGACCUCACUAGUCCCUCCAUCAGCGGUGUGUUUAAUGGCUGAGUCUGGGUAUGGUUCAGAGUCCAGCCUGAGAAGACAUGGUUCAAUGCUGUCUCUCACGUCUGCUACCAGCAGCUACUCCACCACAUCCACCUCCUCCUUCAAGGGCCACAGCCUGAGGGAGAAGCUGGCAGAGAUGGAGACGUUCAGAGACAUCCUGUGCAGACAGGUGGACACGUUGCAGAAAUACUUUGACGGCUGCGCCGAUGCCGUCUCCAAGGACGAGCUGCAGAGAGACAAAAUUGUGGAAGAUGAUGAGGAUGAUUUCCCCAACACUCGGUCAGAUGGAGAGUUCAUCCACAACAACAACGGCAGCAAGGAGAAGCUAUUCCAGUCUCUGAGCCCUAAGGGCAUCAAUGGAAUAGAUUUUAAGGGCGAAGCCAUCACCUUCAAGGCCACUACAGCUGGGAUCCUGGCCACCCUGUCCCACUGCAUCGACCUCAUGGUGAAGAGAGAGGACAGCUGGCAGAAGAGACUGGACAAGGAGACGGAGAAGAGGAGGAGGAUAGAGGAGGGCUACAAGUCUGCUCUCUCUGAGCUCAAGAAGAAGUCUCACUUUGGAGGCCCUGAUUACGAGGAGGGGCCUAACAGCCUGAUCAAUGACGAUGAGUUUUUCGAUGCCGUUGAAGCAGCUCUCGACAGACAAGACAAGAUAGAGGAACAGUCUCACACUGAGAAGUCGAGGAUACAGGCAUCCAGUCCAGUUCCCCCAGGAGAUGUCUACUCCACCAUGGGAUCACACAGAUUCACUGACAAGCCCCAUAGUCACUCUCCUCUGAUAGUCACUGCCCCUCACAAGGUCCACAGAUUCAGCUCUGAGGUGGAGGAGAUGGUGCAGAAUCACAUGACCUACUCGCUGCAGGAUAUGGGCGGAGACGCCAACUGGCAACUGGUGGUGGAGGAAGGAGAGAUGAAGGUGUACAGGAGAGAGGUAGAGGAGAACGGUAUCGUCCUGGACCCCCUGAAGGCCACUCACUCUGUAAAGGGAGUGACAGGACACGAGGUGUGCCACUAUUUCUGGGACACAGAUGUACGCAACGACUGGGAGACUACUAUUGAGAACUUCAACGUUGUGGAGACGUUAUCGGAAAAUGCUGUUAUCGUGUAUCAGACACACAAGAGGGUGUGGCCUGCCUCCCAGAGAGAUGUGCUCUACCUGUCUGCCAUGAGGAAGAUCCUGGCUAACAAUGAGAAUGACCCAGACACCUGGCUGGUGUGCAAUUUCUCUGUGGACCACGACAACGCCAUGCCCACCAACAGGUGUGUCCGUGCCAAAAUCAACAUCGCCAUGAUCUGCCAGACCCUGGUAAGCCCACCAGAGGGCGACAGAGAGAUCAGCAGAGACAACAUCACCUGUAAAAUCACCUACGUCGCCAACGUGAACCCGGGAGGCUGGGCUCCUGCCUCAGUCCUGAGGGCCGUGGCCAAGAGGGAGUACCCCAAGUUCCUCAAACGUUUCACUGGCUACGUCCAGGAGAAAACAUCCGGGAAACCUAUUCUCUUCUGAGGCGCACAUGACUCACUAAAACCCUGUCCACACAAGACUGUUCCGAACAUAGCAUACCAUGGAUACCCAAACCAUGCUAAGUGCGGGUGUACACUAGCUAGCCCUUUUCCAGACUAGCUCUCAUGCUAGCUCUCAUGCUAGGUCUCCAGAUCGGUCUCCAGCUAGCUUCAAUGUAAGCCCUCAUGCUAGCUUCAAUGCUAGUUUCCCAUUCUACACCUCAUGCUAGUUCUUAAUACUAGCUCGCUCCUCAUGCUAGCGCUCAUGCUAGUUUCCUAUGCUAGCUUGCAUGCUAGUUUCCUAUGCUAGCUCUCAUGCUAGUUCUUAUGCUAGCUUCCUAUGCUAGCUCCCGCAUUAGCUAGCAUGCUAAUGCAGAAAGACCUAUGAGAAUAGCCAAAAUGUUUGUUUUUUUAUCCCUUUUCUGGCAGAGAUAUAUUGAUAUAAAUGUAUGUAUGUGUUAUGAGAAAUUUAUAAGAAAGCAAUUUAAGACAAAGUAAAAACAUGGCUCUAUUUUAGUUCUGCUUUUUGUAGUUGUCCUUUUUUAAGAAAUUGUUCCUAUUUUGUGUUGAUUUUGCUUUUUAUAAUAAUCAGUGGUGUCACAGCUUACUCAUGCUGCUAAUCUUUCUAGUACGACAAAACAAUUUGGCCGCCUUCUUUCCAGAAUGAACGUCUUGUUUGUAAGAAACAAAAAACAAAAGUGUAGAGGGCUGUCAUGGAACUAUGACCCCUAUGACAUAAGACUUAACCUUUUGGUGUUUGUCUCUCUGGUGAAAACACCACUUUGCUGGUGCUGAUGGAGGGACAAGAUUAAAAGUUAUUUUGUUUUUUUUCUUCAAAUUUUUAAAUGUAUUUAAAAAAUCUUUGGUUCUUUAUUUUGGGGGUUGUACUUGAGUCAAUAGCUAGGUUUCCAUCCAAUUGGCGACAGAUUUUCAUGCAAAUAUUCAGAAAUCUACAUAAAGAAUAUGAGGAUUUUUCCACCAGUGGUGUUUCCACCAAACUGACUUGUUGUGGAUAAAAAUCAGUGCGUGAUGACGUAGUGCACACAAAAUGUAAUUUUUCGUUUAAUGUCCUUCCAUCGCAUUUUGAACUAUACGGAUAGUUUUGUCACAAACUGUUGCGUUAAAUAGCAAAUGUGCCUACUCUGGUUUUGGCACGUGCGCUCUAGCCAACAGCUCGCAGAUACAGUGCUGGUAGGCUAAUAUACAUGACAUUAUUAUGGGUAAGAGCAAUAAUAUUUUAUUUGUCAAACGGCAGUCAAGCAUCGAUCAUCAUGUCACCGGAAUAAGACCCUCUAUUUAUUGGAAAGGCCCUCUGUUUAUUGGAAAGGAGCAUCAAGUUCAUCACCAUGCACUUUCACUACCCUGUAAAGUUAAUCAUAAUUUAGCCUAUUUCAUCUGUAGCCUAAUAAACUGCAUGGUUUCCCAAGUCGUAGUGGGAGGACCACACACCAUAUCAGUGUGUGACUCGCGAUAUUAUGGUUAUUAUAUAAAUAUUUGUGCAUAAAGGAAUUUCCACCACCAUUUGACGAAUAAUUAAUUUGACACAAAAAGAUCCGAACAUGUCGAACGAACAAAUUAUCUGUCGGCAUUUAAUACAAUUGACCGAAACUUCCAGUUUCUAUCACAGCUGUCAUGCUUUAAAAAAAAAUACUAUAUGACUUUAGUCGCAUAAAAACUGAAUGGAAACGUGGUUAGUGAUGACAUGCUGUAGCAGCACAAUUUAGAGUUGGGAUUUUAGAUAUCUUGAUUAUAACUGUAUAUAAUAUGUUAGCAACCAUUUCUGCUUCAGAACCGUCUGUAAAACAAAAUGCAGAUGCUUUUGUGACUGAAUUGACUUCAUAUGCCUUAGACUGGGGGAGAUAACAAGGUACGUUUUGGGAUGGGGUAGGUCAGAGGGAGCUGAUAGACAGUACAGCCAUAUGAAGUGGCCUAGUUCCAAUAACUGAUUAUCUUCCUUUCUCUUCUCCCUUCAUUGAAGUAAUCAACCCUGAUAUGACUGAAUGGAAACCUGAAACUUGACUUUCACUUAUCCAAUCAGGCUGAUGUUUGGUCAGUCAUUACUUAUAGAGAAGGAAGGAGGCCCUUUCAAGGUAUUUAGACAGUUCCUACGUUUUACAGCAGACUCCUGCUGGGUACUUUAGAAAAACAAUGACUGUGUCCACAAAGUGAAAACCAUAGUCUUUUCAUUUCAGAUACCUAUUUAUAUGAAAUUAAGGGGUUUGGGGGUUAAUACGAUGUCUAAUUCAUGUCAUACCCCAUUUAAUUAAAACAUUGUGAUAUUGCAAUCAGCAAUAAAUUAUUUUCACGAAAAAUGUCCUUAGAGGAUGAUGUGAACUAUAUCCUGGCUUUAAUUCCCCAACUGAUUUUACCUUUGUAAAGUCAUCCAAUAAUUUAUAUCUACAUUGAUAGCACCAUUUAUGUGUGAAGGAAAAACCUGGUUGGAAAGACAUUUCAAAGUCUGGUUUCCCAGACUCCGAUUGAGCCCACUUCUGGACUAAAAAGGCAUGUUCUACAUCCAUUUUAGUCCUGGAAUAGGCACAAUGUGGGUCUGGGAAACUGCCCCAAUAAGUUGUCUCUCUCCUAUGAAUUGUUGUACUGAAUGUAAUGUAAUUUAGGGGAAAUCGUGUAAAUAAAAAUUGCACGCGAAAGCUUUUGGGAUUGAUUUAAAAACCGUACUGUGAAAACGUGGCACUUUAGCCCUGUUUAGAAAAAUAAAAUACAAUUUUCUCCA